CCGGCUAUACAAGAAACGUGUGACAUAAAUACUUAACCAUAUUCAAGAAUGAUGGCACGCACUGGCUUGUUAAAACGAGUACACCAAAGGUUGGCCAUUGAUUGGCUCACCUACGUUCUGUUUCAAAAUUUGAUUGGUUUGAUUGUGAACCCCUAAGAAAUAUGUCCAUUCCAUUGGUAGGCUGGAGUUUUCUUCUUGCGUUUCUUCCCACUGUCAAAUCUGCUAGCGGGCUGCUCUGGAACGUCUUGCUGUGGCUCAUUGUUCUGGGAUUGGUAUUUAAACGUGUUACAAAGAAUGAGAAGAGUUACUCUUUUUGUGAACGGGACGUCCAAAAAUGGCAAGGUUGUAGCUGUGUAUGGGACCUUGGCCGACCUGUUAUCUGUAGCAAGCAAUAAAUUGGGAAUCAAAGCCUGUAAUUUAUACAAUGGAAAAGGUGGUCUUAUAGAUGACAUAGCGCUCAUCAGGGAUGAUGAUGUUUUGUAUGUCUCAGAGGGAGACCCCUUUGUUGACCCACAGAAUGAUGUCAGGACUACAGAAGGCCUGCCUAGGGCACACACAGAUUGGCUGACCCUUAAUAUUGGGGGGCGUCUCUUCACCACCACACGCAGUACCUUGGUCAGCAAGGAGCCAGAGAGCAUGCUUGCUCACAUGUUCCGGGAGAAGGAUGUAUGGGGUAACAAGCAGGAUGAACGGGGUGCUUACCUGAUUGACCGCAGCCCAGAAUACUUUGAGCCUAUUCUUAAUUACCUGCGACAUGGCCAGCUCAUUAUCAAUGAAGGUAUCAAUUUACUUGGGGUUUUGGAAGAGGCUCGAUUCUUUGGAAUUGAGCAGCUGGCUGAUCAGUUGGAAGUAGCAAUAAAGAAUAACCAGCCACCUGAGGACCACUCUCCCAUCUCUCGUAAGGAGUUUGUUCGGUUUCUGCUGGCUACACCCACCAAAUCAGAGCUCCGCUGUCAGGGACUUAAUUUCAGUGGUGCUGAUCUCUCUCGCCUCGACUUGCGCUACAUCAACUUCAAGAUGGCCAACCUGAGUCGCUGUAACCUGACACAUGCCAACCUAUGCUGUUCAAACCUGGAGCGGGCUGACCUCUCUGGGGCCAACCUCGAUGGUGCUAACUUGCAGGGUGUAAAAAUGCUCUGUUCAAAUGCUGAGGGGGCGUCUCUCAAAGGAUGUAAUUUUGAAGACCCAUCUGGUCUAAAGGCCAACUUGGAGGGUGCCAAUCUAAAAGGUGUUGACAUGGAGGGAAGUCAGAUGACUGGAAUUAAUCUGCGUGUGGCCACUCUAAAAAAUGCUAAACUGAAGAAUUGUAACCUACGGGGUGCCACUUUGGCAGGAACUGAUCUUGAGAAUUGUGAUCUGUCUGGCUGUGACCUACAAGAGGCCAACUUGAGAGGGUCCAAUGUGAAGGGGGCCAUUUUUGAAGAGAUGCUGACUGCAUUGCACAUGUCUCAAAGUGUCAGAUGACUCCCCUGCACAUCCCACCUGGAUUCAGGCUGGUUAAUCUCAUGAAUGCCUGGCAACGAUGUUAUUAUACCAGCAAAUCCUACCCACCCCUACUAUCAAGCUUCCUGGACCCUUAUGCAAUACAUGCAUUUUAUGCACAUCCUUGGCAUCCCACAUCCCUUCCACCUGAUAUACUAGCUUUAAAUCUCUUGCACUAGAGCACAUCCAGGGUUAUCCGUUUCUGUUAUGUAGUGGAAUAUUUUAAAUGUCUGACUGUCUUUCCUUAUUUUAUUUCCCAAAACCAAAAUAUUGAAUGUUCUUUAUGUAUGUUUACUAUUAUAUCUGGAUUCAAUCCUAACUUAUUUUUAUGAUUUCUCAAUGUGUAUUUUCUUGAUUAUUUAAUGUCUGUAAAUCAAAGAUUAUCAAACUAUAAUUGCAUGAAAGGGCCUCAAUCAAGGCUGUGGUAAAGCAUAAAUGGGAGAUGACAUUGUACAGUCACAUUCUUAUCAAUGUACUUAGUGCCAGAUAUGCUUUAUGAUUAGGAUGUUUAUUUUCUAAGUCAAAGCCAUACCGUAGCAUGGUGAAAAUGGCAAAUAAGUUGCUGUUAUUGCACCACACAAUUAUGCUGUGGAAUUCAUUUUUCAUAGACUGGGUGUUGAACUGUAUUCAACAGAAUUUCAAGUAUGCAAUGUACUUUUUUCCCCCCCUUUCCUUGCUGCCUGUCGUUUUUUGGUGUUCUCUGUGAAUCUACCUCCUUAUUUUCUACCCCUGUCUGAUAUCUAGUUGCAUGCAUUUCACUGUCGUUUUUGGCUGUUGUAUGAACUUCAUAUCCAAAUAUGAUAAGUUAUCAAAGUGAAUGUGUGUUUUAAUUGUUACUGUCAUGUUCAAGCUUGUGUCACACUUAGUUGUAUAACACUCCACUCAAGGAGACAACAACCAAUGAACAGGGCAUCUCAUUCAGUCAUGUCUUGAAAUUUUGCUUUGCAAAAAUGUCUAAAUAGUAUGUUUUGGUCAAUAACUUCAGUUGUCUUCACUCAUAGGACACCAAGUUAAAUGUGAUUGUAACAAUGUAUUUCAAAUCUAGUGCUUCCAAAACGUUAUUAGGAUAGCAAUAACAUUUUAUCACUGCUGGACUGUGAUUUUCACAAUCUCACAUCAGUUCACAUCAAGAUGGCAUUUUCUCUGGCUGAGGCUGAAAGAUUUUGAGAUGCAAUAUUCCCUCUAUACUCUAUUUCACUGUCAAUAGGUACUCAUCUGUCAUGAUAAUGAAGGCAAUCAAAGAAUAUUGCACCUUGAGUGUGGCGAUCCUCAUUAUCAGAACAUUGAAAGAACAAUGGUUAUUUUGAUAACAUUGUAUUCAAGAAAUAUUGGAUGAAAGUUAGUUCUUUAAAUAGGUGUGUUUCUUCUUUCCCUGUCUAUAAUUAUUGCACUCAACCACAAAAUGUAAUUCAAUAAAUUACUAUUAUUAUUUUUAAA